AUGGAACCAACCAUCUCUCGUCUUCUUUCUCGAGCUUCUAAUCAGAUGUCUCAGCCGUCGAACAUGGUAGACUACAUCUCAACUCAGUUCUAUGUUUUGACGAUUGCAGAGCCGAGAGAGAAGUUUGAACUCUGCGUGGAGCAAGGGGAACCGACGCUUGUUCCGCCGGCGGAAGAGACGGCGAAGGGCCUCUACUUCCUCUCCAACCUCGACCAGAACAUUGCGGUCAUAGUUCGGACCGUAUACUGCUUCAGGUCGCAGGAGAAGGGGAACGAGGAAGCUGCGCAAGUGAUCAAGGCGGCUCUGGCGAAGGUCCUCGUUCACUACUACCCGCUGGCCGGGCGGCUGGCGAUCAGCGACGAGGGGAAGCUCAUCGUCGAUUGCACCGGAGAAGGGGCGGUGUUCGUGGAGGCUGAAGCAGAUUGCGAGAUGGAGGACGUUGGCGACAUCACGAAGCCUAACCCCGACACUCUCGGCAAGCUCGUCUACACCAUUCUCGGUGCCAAUAACUUGCUGGAGAUGCCGCCAUUGGUCGUUCAGGUCACUACGUUCAGGAGCGGGGGAUUCAUCCUUGGGCUAGCCGUCAACCACUGCAUGUUCGAUGGGUUGGGAGCGAUGGAGUUCGUCAACUCCUGGGGCGAAACGGCACGAGGCCUGCCGAUAUCGGUACCGCCGUUCGUCGACCGCACCGUUCUCGAGUCUCGAAAUCCUCCUCUCGUCAGUUUUCCCCACCACGAGUUCGCCGAGAUCGAAGACGUCUCCGACACCACGGCACUGUACGGUGAAGAGAUGGCGUACAGGUCCUUCUGCUUCGAGCCUGAGAAGCUCGGACGCGUGAAGAGGAGAGCUCUGGAAGACGGAGCUCUCGCCAAGUGCACGACCUUCGAGGCGCUCUCCGGCCACGUGUGGAGAGCCCGGACGGAGGCGCUGAGGCUGCAGCCGGGGCAAAAGACGAAGCUCCUGUUCGCGGUCGACGGGCGGUCCCGAUUCGAUCCCCCGCUGCCGCAGGGCUACUUCGGCAACGGCACCAUGCUCACCGCCUGCCUGAGCACGGCAGGGGACCUUCUGGGCCGCCCGCUCUCGUUCGCCGUCGGACUGGUGCAGGACGCAGUCAAGACGGUGACUGAUGAGUACAUGAGAUCGGCGAUGGACUACUUCGAAGCCACGAGGGCGAGGCCUUCGUUGACGCCCACUCUUCUGAUCACAACCUGGUCUCGGCUGUCCUUCCACACCACGGACUUCGGGUGGGGGGAGCCAGUGCAGUCCGGGCCUGUGACUCUACCUGAGAAGGAGGUGAUCCUGUUCCUGUCCCAUGGGAAGGAGAGGAAGAGGAAGGGCAUCAACGUGCUUCUCGGGCUCCCAAGCUCAGCAAUGGCACGAUUGCAAGAUCUGAUGGAGAUAUAA